CGCGGCAACAGGCUGGCAUUUGCCGUCUUUUUUAUUUUUUAUACCAAAAUUUUGUUACUUUUUCUUUAAAAAAAAAAAAUACUUCAUAUAGAAAACAUGGGAAAUAAAGUUGUUACAUUUACAGAACAACAACUCGAAGAUUACCAGGACUGUACAUUUUUCACAAGGAAAGAAAUUUUACGAGUUUUCAAACGGUUCAGAGAUGUCAACCCGGAGCUUGUGCCAAAACGGAUGACUGAAAAACAAGCGCACACUAUCGCUGUGCCCGUCGAAGAAAUUGAAAAACUACCUGAACUUAAAGAAAACCCUUUCAAGCGCCGCAUCUGCCAGGUGUUUUCUCAUGACGGUUCUGGUAACCUGACCUUCGAGGACUUCCUGGACAUGAUGUCGGUCUUCAGUGAAGCUGCGCCGCGGGACAUAAAAGCUUGGUACGCGUUCAGGAUCUAUGAUUUGGACGAUGAUAUGUACAUCGGUCGCGAGGAUUUGUUGGAAGCGACGCGAAUGUUGACCAAGGGGGAGCUUCACGAACAGGAACGCGAUGAGAUCGUGGACAGCGUCCUUGAUGAAGCGGACGUGGACGGAGACGGAAGAUUAUCCUUCAUGGACUUCGAACACGUGGUCGUCCGAGCACCAGACUUCUUGUCCACAUUUCAUAUUAGAGUUUAAAGAAACUGCUCACAGAAAAUUUUAUUAUAAUAGCGAAUAAAUCUAUAUUCCUUACAUAAAAUGAACACCUCCUGUGCAAAGCUUUUAAUUGUAAAUUUCAAGGUUAAAGAUUUUUUUAAUCUUGCAAAAAUUUCCGAAUCAAAGCUUUUAGGAUACAUCAAGUCAUUGCAAUAAUGUUUCAUGAAAGCGCCUCAUCGACCGUAAAAUAAUUUGAGUGUGGAAUAAAAAUAUGAGAAAUA